CCCCAUCACUAUCUAUCAUCCAUCACAUUUGAUUCGGCGAGUUGAUUUUCCGAAUAUUUUUGCAAUUAUUUCUUUUACCGGGUCAUGCAUCUUUCUAAAUAAAGUAAACGUAACAUUUCUACAUCAAAUAACUUUAAUUUUCCGUAUUUAGAAGAGCCAAAACCGUCAAAAUGGCUAGUGUUUCGUACCAGAUAGCUAAUCUCUUGGAGAAGAUGACAUCCAACGACAAAGACUUCCGCUUCAUGGCCACAAAUGACCUGAUGACGGAGUUACAAAAGGACAGCAUCAAGUUGGACGACGACUCGGAGCGGAAGGUGGUCAAGAUGCUGCUGCGGCUGCUCGAAGACAAGAACGGGGAGGUCCAAAACCUGGCGGUCAAGUGCCUGGGCCCUCUUGUAAACAAAGUGAAGGAGUACCAAGUGGAAGGCAUUGUGGAGACUCUGUGUGCCAACAUGCUGUCCGACACGGAGCAGCUGCGGGACAUCAGCAGCAUUGGCCUGAAGACCGUCAUCUCGGAGCUCCCGCUCGGCUCCAACACACUUGCGGCUAAUGUCUGCAAGAAGAUCACAGGCAGACUCAGCAGUGCUAUUGAGAAGCAAGAAGAUGUCUCCGUCCAACUGGAAGCGCUGGACAUCCUGGCGGACCUGCUCAGCAGGUUCGGAGGCCUACUCAUCUCCUUCCAUCCAGUGCUGCUCAACGCUCUACUGCCGCAACUUGCUUCUCCACGACAGGCAGUCCGCAAGCGCACGAUCGUGGCACUCUCGCACCUGGUGAUGACUUGCUCCCCGGCGCUGUACAACAAGCUGAUCGACCACCUGCUGGAGGGACUCGGCACGUCCACCUCGCCCGGGGUGUCCCGGACACACAUACAGUGCAUUGCUGCUGUCUGCCGCGUGCUAGGCGUCCGCUUCGGCUCGGUCCUGUGGCGGGUGGCGCCGCCCGUGCUGACGCACUCGCGCGACGCGGACGAGGAGCUGCGCGAGCACUGCCUGCAGGCGCUCGAGGCGUUCGUGCUCAAGUGCCCCAAGGAGAUCCAGCCGCACGUGCCCACUAUAAUCGAGCUCUGCCUCAAGAUGAUAACCUACGAUCCUAACUACAACUACGAGGAUUCUUCAGACGGAGGAUCAGACUCGGACAUGGAGGCGGAGCGCGCCGCCGAGCCCGACAGCGACUCCGACGAGUAUUCGGAUGAUGACGACAUGUCGUGGAAGGUGCGUCGCGCGGCGGCCAAGUGCCUCGAGUCGGUGAUCUCGACGCGACACGAGCUGCUGCCGGAGAUGUACCAGACCGUGUCGCCCGCGCUCAUCGCACGGUUCAAAGAACGCGAAGAGAACGUAAAAUGCGACAUACUGAGCGCCUACACCGCCCUGCUGAGAGCCACGCGGCCGCCGCCCGCCCUCGCGCACGCGCCGCCGCCCGCCCACUCGCCGCAGGCCAUGCUGCUGGAGCGAUUAGGCAGCAUAGUCCGCGGCGCGCUGCGAGUAGUGCGCGGACGCAGCCCCCGAGCUCGCGCCGCCGCCCUCGCCUUGUUGAGGGAACUACUGACGGCGGCCCCCAGGAGCCUCGGCCCGCACGCCCAGCCGAUACUGAAGGCUCUGGUGCCCUUCCUCACAGACAAGACAACCGCCUCCUCAAUGAAGAUCGAGACGCUGGUGUUCAUCGUGUGCCUGGCGCGCACGCACGAGGCGGACGAGAUGCGCGCGCACGUGCCGCUGCUGCUGCCGCCCGUGCUGGCCGCCGUCCACGACCCCUUCUACAAGGUCACGGCUGAAGCAUUGAGAGUUCUGCAGACACUCGUCAAAGUUAUGAGGCCACUUGAGCUGUCGCACGACCGGCUGUCGGGCCCGUCGGUGGUGCCGGCCAUGCCGCGCGAGCUGGCGGCGCCCGCGCGCGAGAUGUACGCCUGCGUGCUGGUGCGCCUGCGCGCCACCGACAUGGACCAGGAGGUUAAGGAGCGUGCCAUCGCCGCGGCCGGACAGCUGCUAGCACAUGCAGGAGACACUUUACAGGACGAGCUGCCGGUGUGUCUGCCGAUAUUCCUGGAGCGCCUGCGCAACGAGAUCACGCGCUUGACCACCGUCAAGGCGCUCACCAAGAUCGCCUCCUCGCCGCUCCGGAUCGACCUUACGCCCAUACUGCCCGACGCUGUGCCGAUAUUAGGCUCGUUUCUGAGGAAGAACCAGCGAGCGUUGAAGAUGGCCACUCUAGUCCUGUUAGACACAUUAGUACAGAAUUAUAGCAAUGAUAUUAGCAUUGAUCUACUUAGCAAGGUGUUGAUGGAAGUCCCGCCGCUAGUGUGCGAGUCAGACCUGCACUGCGCACAGACGGCGCUAGCGCUAGUGCGGUCCUCGUGCCUCUACUGUCCUCACGCACUGAACAACGACGUGAGAGUGGCUCUCACGCCGCACAUACUGGCGCUGGCCAAGUCGCCUCUACUGCAAGGUGGUGCCCUCAAGGCCAUGGUGGGCGUACUCCGAGCCCUAGUAGCAGCAGGCGUGCCGGGCUGCGGGCGCCGCGAGCUGCUGGCGCUGCUGGUGGCGCCGGUGCAGCUGCAGCAGCACGCCGGCACCGCGCACGCCACCAAGCAGGCAUUCCACUCCCUCGCCAAGUGCGUGGCCGCGGUCGUGGUCGAGGCGGGCGGGGCCGAGGCGCGGGCGGCCGUCAAGCAGUUCCUACAGGACGCGUCCGAGCCGACUAGUGACGCGGCGCACAUGUUCGCGCUGCUCGCCGUGGCUGAGAUCGGCAAGCAUCUCGACCUCAGCACGAUCCCGCACAUCAAGGACGUCCUCUUAGCUUCCUUCACCCCCUCCUCCGAGGAAGUGAAGUCAGCAGCGAGCUACGCGCUGGGCAGCGUGGCGGUGGGCAACCUGCCCGAGCUGCUGCCCUUCAUACUGAGCGAGAUCGACGCGCGCCCGCGCCGGCAGUACCUGCUGCUGCACAGCCUUAGGGAGAUAAUCUCGUGCGAGUCAUGCAGCCCGGCGGGCGUGGCGGCGCUGCGGCCCUUCAUCCCGCAGAUCUGGGUGCAGCUCGCCAAGCACUGCCAGUGCCAGGAGGAGGGCUCCAGGAAUGUCGUAGCGGAAUGCCUCGGCAAGCUCUGCCUUCUAGAACCCGAAGAAUUACUCCCUCACCUGCAAGAGUUCCUGCGCUCGCCGGAGCCGCUGACGCGCACCACCGCCGUCACCGCCGUCAAGUUCACCAUCUCCGACCAGCCGCAAGCCAUAGACCCGCUGCUCCGGGCGAACAUGGCGGAGCUGCUGCUGCCGCUGCGGGACCCCGCGCUGAGUGUGCGCCGCGUGGCCCUGGUGGCGUUCAACUCGGCGGCGCACAACAAGCCCUCGCUCAUCCGCGACCUGCUGCCCCGGCUGCUGCCGACGAUAUAUAAUGAGACUAAAGUUAAGAAAGAGCUAAUCCGCGAAGUGGAAAUGGGUCCGUUCAAGCACUCCGUAGACGAUGGUCUGGACCUGCGCAAGGCGGCCUUCGAGUGCAUGUACACCGUACUUGAUACGUGCCUCGAUCGCCUCGACGUGUUCGAGUUCCUACGACAUGUGGAAGAUGGGUUACGGGACCACUAUGACAUCAAGAUGCUGACGUAUCUGAUGUGCGCGAGAUUGGCGCAGCUGUGUCCUAGUCUGGUGCUGCAACGUCUAGAGAGCCUGGUGGAGCCGCUCCGAGCCACGUGCACCAUGAAGGUGAAGGCCAACUCCGUGAAGCAGGAGUACGAGAAGCAGGAGGAGCUGAAGAGAUCCGCCUUGAGGGCCGCCGCCGCGCUCAUGCAGAUACCUGAGGCAGACAAGAACCCGCACCUGAUGGACUUCGUGACGCAGAUCAAGUCGUUCCCGGAGCUGCAGCCCAUCUUCGAGUCCAUGCUCAAGGACUCGGGCGCCGCCGACUCCAACAUGAUGGACCAGAGCUAGCCGCCUGAACCCAACGCAGUUGAGGAGACUUGUGCUGAAGAUACUAGUGGAGGUUGUUUCGAAUAGUAUUAGAUGAAAGGUCAAAUUGAGGUGUGAAUUUAACGAUGAUAUUCUGGCUCUACAAUACUAUGUAACUUAUCACAGUUUACAACGUGAGGUAUAGUACAAUAAGCGGCCUACUUGCCAUCUUUCAAACAGCCAGGCAAAAGUUGGAGAGCUCUAGUGUAGUUGUAUCACUAUUGGUGGAUAUUUAAAAUGUAGUGUCAUUAUAUGCCUUAAUUUGACCUUUUAUCUAAUGCUAUUUGGAACGAAGGAUAGUGCGGGUAGGUUAUGUAUGAGUCGUUGUGGAGAUAAGGGUGGAAUUUUAAUGUUUUGUUUGCAGAAAGACAACAAGUAAAUUUAAAACAUUUUCUGUAUGGUGCGUAUUAUUAAGUACACGUUACAUAUUUUCUGAUAGAAGUAAAUACUCACAUGAUAUGUACUUGAUAUAUUAUUUAGCUCUUUCCGGCUGCUGCUAUUGUGUCUAGCAUUCUAUGAUUGAAUCAAUUGUUUAAGAUCUCAUUAAUACAUACGAAUUCUAAUAUUAUUAUUUGAAAAUGACCAUUUAUUAUUUAAGUUGCAUUUAUCAUACAUAACCUACCUACUUCUUGUAACAUCAAUGGCUAUUUAGCAACGCGUUGCCGCUCCGUGCAAUAUGAACACUAAGUUCGACGCACGGGGCGGCAACGCCCACAAAUAUUAUUAUUAUUGUUCUCAGCGCCAUGUAUGGCACUCCCACUCAUUAUGUUUUGUUAUUUUUUGUACGUGCGACUCGAAACGAGCCCGUUGUAAAUGUUCAGAUUGCUAGUAAAAUGACGUUUUACAAUUCAAGUCUUAUUCUCUGUGUGUUAGUGUAACAAAAUAUAGACGAGUAAGAUUC